CAGUUAAAACUCUUUCUCAUUACAUUAACAUUUCCGAACAUAGUUUGCCAUGACAAACAAGAAUAAUGAAGAUAAUUUGCCACGAAUCGCUAAAUAUGAAAAAAAGAAGAAGCUAAAACACCAAUUUUCCUAGGACGUGCGUUAUAAAACUUAUUCCAGAACUACCCCAUGCACAGUUACAGUUUUAUCAUUCAGUAUUAGUAUAUAGCAAUAGAUUUCUAAAUAGAUGCGCAUAUCUAUAGUACUAGAUCAUAUGACAAUGAUAAGAGCAAUUCACUUUUUCUUUUACAUGAAAACAUUAACCCAAGUGACUAAACGGAUUCCAUUUAUCUACUAAGUAAUACUCCAAUAAUUAUGCUACCCCACUGUCAAGAAAUAGAGUUCAAGAUACAAUGCAUACCUAAUGUUUAGUGUGAAUUCGAAUCCUUAGUUUUUUGACAGAAUACUAAUCUAUUUAGUAAUUACUUAAAAGUUCCUUGUAAUAGUAUCUCGGUUAAAAGAACAAUUUUAGUAGGAAAAUAAUUUCAACGGUAGGAAUGUAGUCCAACUUUGCAAAAUGGGAAAUUACUUAAAUAAUGUAUUUAGUAAUAGUAUCUCGGUUAAAGCAACAAUUUUAGUAAGAAAAUAAUUAAAAGUCCAAUGAUGCAUUUCAUUCAAUAUUACUAAAUUGUAGUAGUUAAUUAAUUUACAUUAUUACCUUAAAUUUAAACAUAGCUUCGGUACGUCAUUAAUUUUAAUGCUCUUAAUGGAAAAUUCGAAUUUGUGUUUGUAUUUUGUUGAAGAAAAAUGUAUUGCAUCCCCUCAAAAAUAACUAAAUUACCAAAAGAACAGAUUUUCAAAAUUUAGGCUUUUGCUACAAAUAGCCUUUUCCUCGACUUAUUUUCUCCAUUCUCUUCUGUGUUAUCUUGCAUUCUUCGAAAAAACAAAUCUCAUUUUUCCGGUCAAUUAUGGAAAACACAUUCAAAACAUCAGCAUCUCAGACAGACGGAGAAAUGAACAGAGAGCAGCUCACCUCCGCCGGCGCUGGCGUCACUCCGGCGACUGUUCCUCCUGCAGUUGCUCAGAACACUCACUCGUCCUUCGCUUCUCCGCCGCCCCGUGCGUACCCGUCGGCGGAUCUCACCGAUGCCGGUGCUGGCGUCACUCCGGUGAUUGUUCCUCCGGCAGUUGCUCAGAACACGCACUUGUCCUUCGCUUCGCCGCCGCCCCGUCCGUACCAAUCGGCGGAGAGAGCUACCGCUACCGGUGCUGCGCUGUCAAGUGUGAACUUGAAUUCAUCUGAACAGAUGACAAAGAAGAGAGGGAGGCCAAGAAAGAACGGCCCAGAUGGGAUCGCGGUUNCGUGA